AAUGCUACAUAUAACAGUCUGGGGAACCUAAGCUGCUCUCUGUGCAAUGUCUCUGUGAAGAGCGAAUUGUUGUGGCAAACACAUGUUCUUGGGAAGCAGCACAAGGAGAAACUUGAACAGUUAAAACUUAAACAAUCAACACCCGGACCCAUUCCCAAUACUUCAUCUUCUCUCAAAAGAAAAUCUACAAAUACAGAGUCUCCAGAACAGAAGAAAGCAAAAGACUCUAGUGAUCAUCCACAAGUUGUUCCCUCUGGGCUGCCAAAAGAUUUUUUUAGCAAAACUGAACAAGUAGAAGUAGAAAGUCCAAAACCUUCAGCCUGUGGCUUAUUAUUAGGAGACUAUGGAGAGGAAGAGGAAAACACAGAUGAAACACCAAAAGAAAUCAGUGACGAUAGCGCUUCACAACCCACAGUUCAGGAUACAGUGACUCCAGCAUCUACUCAGAAAUCUGAUGCUGUUACUACUUUAUCAUCAGACCACUUAGAUAACAAAGCUUUAGCUGCACCUCUGGUCUCCCAUUCUGGCUCUAUACAGAAAGCAGAAACACAAGAAAAGUUUAUGGAAAGGAGAGAAAACACUGCAGAGGCCUUGCCAGAGGGAUUUUUUGAUGAUCCUGAAGUCGAUGCAAAAGUGCGAAAAGUUGAUGCUCCAAAGGAUCAAAUGGACAAAGAAUGGGAUGAAUUCCAGAAAGCUAUACGACAAGUCAAUACAAUUUCUGAAGCUAUAGUAGCUGAGGAAGAUGAAGAAGGGCGACUUGACCGUCAGAUUGGAGAAAUUGAUGAGCAGAUUGAAUGUUUCCGUCGUGUUGAACAACUUCGUGACCGGCAGGAUAUAAUGAAAGAUAAACUAAAAGAAGCUAUGAUGCUCAGAGCUGCACAGGCUAAGGAAGAGGAUGAUAUCGGCAGUGAUGAUGAAGAGGAAUUGCAGGACUUGCUCUCUCAGGAUUGGAGGGCAAAAGGAACUUUGUUGUAAUUACCUUGGAAUAGAGUUUAAUCUCCUGGUCUGUAGGGGUAAUGACUUUUUACAUAAGCCACCUUUUUGUAAAGUAUUUGUUUAAAUAAUUUUUCAGAUAUUAAAACUGAUUGUAAAAAGCUUCUUUGGUUUAAGCACAGAAAGGUUUGUAUAUUAUCAAAUUGCAAGACCAUUUUUAUAAAAAAAGAAUUUUUGCUUUCCCAUUUAAAUUUAUAGUUGUUUCUCUGCUUGUAUCAGGUGUAUCUUUUAAACUAUCCAUAAAAGUGUGCAUAUGUUCCUCAUGGUGAGGUGAACACUUAAUCAAGUGCCAGCCAAGCACUUUUGACCAGGCACAACUGAUGUCUCCAUUAUUGUGGAGGAAGAGGAGGCAACUGCACUUGGUUUUAAUGGCAGCUUCCUCCGCAAUUCCUCCAGGUGUUAUGGAAACUAUCCUGAUGCUGAACCUAUAUUAGGAAUGGGAUUUAGCACUUUGCUAGCUUGUAUUACCACCUGUAUGCGGCAUGGAGGAUACUGUUGUUAAAACCAACAGGGGUUGUCUCCUCUCCAACAGUAAUGGAGCCACCAGCUGUGAGUGUCUCAGACUAUGCUGUACUGUUAGGUGGGGAUAUAAGAUGUGAUUGGGAAUUGUAGAGCUUCUUCUGCUAUAGUUUGGGAUUUGGCCAGUUCCAGAGAUUUCAGGUUCCAUGCCUUAUCACAAACCAUUCCUCAAUUUGAAAAAUCAGAUUGCACAAGGAAAUUUCUAUCCAUUUUGUUACUUUUAGAUGUAACCAAAGUAUUGGAUAUUCUAGAAUCAUUUAGAAUGAUUAAAGAUAGAGACUUGAAUAAUGGCCACUGUGAAAAAUUAAAUGUCUGAUACUUUUACAGCAAUUAAUUUGAGCUUGUGUCAUAAUCUUAACUAUUUCAAACCACAAAACGCCACAGCCAUAAACAUUUCUACUCAAAAGUUAAUGGAUUUACUCCUAGGUGAAGUGUUAUAGUAUUGCUAAGUCAUCAAUUUCUGUUGCUUCACUUCUGCAUACCAAUAGCUAUUCAUUUCCAAGGCAAUUUGAAUGCUAUGGUUGGAUUUGUCUGUAGCGAAGAAACCAACAUAUCUAAAAUCGCUGGAAUAGCGGUAUAGAAAUAAAAUAUUAUUAUUAUUA